CCCCCGGUGCCCCCGCCCCUCCUGAGAACCGGGGUGUGCUCCCCAAGCCCCCCCUCCAUUGGGGACUCCCUUUUAGGACCCCCUUUCCCUCCCUCCCACGCUCCCCUACCCUUCCCUUCUCCAACCCCUUCUUUCCCCUCUCACCCCUCCCCCCAUCCUGGCCACCCCUGCAAAAGUGGGGUGCGGAGGGGGGAGGGGUGAGAACCCACGGAGGAGAGGAACGAAACUCCGAUGAAGUCAGAGCCCCCUACCCGCCGCGGCGGCCAGGCCCCCCAACAUGGACUGUCUCUGUAUAGUGACAACCAAGAAAUACCGCUACCAAGAUGAAGACACACCCCCUCUGGAGCACAGCCCGGCCCACCUCCCCAACCAGGUAAACGCCCCCGAGCUGGUGCACGUGGCGGAGAGGAACUUGUCCCACCUCGAGGCCGUCCACGGGGUCGUGGGCCGCGCCCAUCUCUCCCCCCUCAAGGCCAAUUCUCCCCCCGUGAUUGUCAACACAGACACCCUAGAAGCCCCGGGAUAUGUGAACGGGACCGAGGGGGAGAUGGAAUACGAGGAGAUCACAUUGGAAAGGGGUAACUCAGGUCUGGGCUUCAGCAUCGCAGGUGGCACCGACAACCCACACAUCGGUGACGACCCAUCCAUUUUCAUCACCAAGAUCAUUCCUGGUGGGGCUGCGGCCCAGGACGGCCGCCUCAGGGUCAACGAUAGCAUCUUGUUUGUAAAUGAAGUGGACGUGCGGGAGGUGACCCACUCGGCUGCUGUGGAGGCCCUCAAGGAGGCCGGCUCCAUAGUCCGCCUCUACGUCAUGCGCCGGAAGCCCCCUGCUGAGAAACUCAUGGAGAUCAAGCUCAUCAAGGGCCCUAAAGGUCUUGGCUUCAGCAUCGCAGGCGGUGUAGGGAACCAGCACAUCCCCGGCGAUAAUAGCAUCUACGUAACCAAGAUUAUCGAAGGGGGUGCCGCCCAUAAGGACGGGAGGUUGCAGAUUGGAGACAAGAUUUUGGCGGUCAACAGCGUGGGGCUGGAGGACGUCAUGCAUGAGGAUGCCGUGGCAGCCCUGAAGAACACGUAUGAUGUCGUCUACCUAAAGGUGGCCAAGCCCAGCAAUGCCUACCUGAGUGACAGCUAUGCUCCCCCAGACAUCACAACCUCUUACUCCCAGCACCUGGACAACGAGAUGAGCCACAGCAGCUACCUGGGCACGGACUACCCCACAGCCAUGACCCCCACGUCCCCCCGGCGCUACUCCCCAGUGGCCAAGGACCUGCUGGGGGAGGAAGACAUUCCCCGAGAACCGAGGCGGAUCGUCAUUCACCGCGGCUCCACGGGCCUGGGCUUCAAUAUCGUCGGGGGCGAGGACGGUGAAGGCAUCUUCAUCUCCUUCAUCCUGGCCGGGGGCCCUGCGGACCUCAGUGGGGAGCUGCGGAAGGGGGACCAGAUCCUCUCGGUCAAUGGCGUUGACCUCCGCAAUGCCAGCCACGAGCAGGCCGCCAUCGCCCUGAAGAACGCGGGGCAGACGGUCACGAUCAUCGCUCAGUAUAAGCCAGAAGAGUACAGCCGAUUCGAGGCCAAGAUCCACGACCUUCGGGAGCAGCUCAUGAACAGCAGCCUGGGCUCAGGGACCGCCUCCCUGCGGAGCAACCCCAAAAGGGGUUUCUAUAUCAGGGCCCUGUUUGACUACGACAAGACCAAGGACUGCGGAUUCCUGAGCCAGGCCCUUAGCUUCCACUUUGGGGACGUGCUGCAUGUCAUCGAUGCCAGUGAUGAGGAGUGGUGGCAGGCACGGCGGGUUCACUCGGACAGCGAGACCGACGACAUUGGCUUUAUUCCCAGCAAACGGCGGGUUGAGCGACGGGAGUGGUCAAGGUUAAAGGCCAAGGAUUGGGGCUCCAGCUCUGGAUCGCAGGGUCGGGAAGACUCGGUUCUGAGCUACGAGACAGUGACGCAGAUGGAAGUGCACUAUGCUCGCCCCAUCAUCAUCCUCGGGCCCACCAAGGACCGUGCCAACGACGACCUUCUCUCUGAGUUCCCCGACAAGUUUGGAUCCUGUGUUCCCCAUACGACACGGCCCAAGCGGGAGUAUGAGAUAGAUGGCCGGGAUUACCACUUUGUGUCAUCCCGGGAAAAAAUGGAGAAGGACAUUCAAGCGCACAAGUUCAUUGAGGCCGGCCAGUACAACAGCCACCUGUAUGGAACCAGCGUCCAGUCCGUGCGGGAGGUGGCAGAGCAGGGGAAGCACUGCAUCCUUGAUGUCUCAGCCAAUGCUGUGCGGCGGCUGCAGGCGGCCCACCUGCACCCUAUCGCCAUCUUCAUCCGCCCCCGCUCCCUGGAGAAUGUGCUAGAGAUCAAUAAGCGGAUCACAGAGGAGCAAGCCCGCAAAGCCUUCGACAGAGCCACCAAGCUGGAGCAGGAGUUCACGGAGUGCUUCUCCGCCAUCGUGGAGGGCGACAGCUUUGAGGAGAUCUACCACAAGGUGAAGCGCGUCAUCGAGGACCUCUCAGGCCCCUAUAUCUGGGUCCCAGCCCGAGAGAGACUCUGACUCCUGCCCGGGCGUGGCCUGGAUUCGCCGCCUCCGUCGCCUGGGCCCCUGGUCUGGACUGAACUGCCCAAGCCGUUCGCACUCCCAGCCUCCCUCCCACCCUUUCUUAUUUAUUUCCUUUCUAACCGGAUCCAGCCCAUUGGAGGGGGGACACUCCCCUGCAUGUAUCCUGCACCCCA